UCGGCGAGCGCGACGCUGCGGGUCCCGCCCCGGCCGGCCGGUGCUGGGGUGCGAGGCGCGGUGGGAGACGCGGAGCGGCCGACGCGCCUGGGUGGCUGGAGCUUAUCCCGAAGGAGCGUGGGCUGCGCAGGUACAAAACUCAAAACAUGAACAACAAUAUAUGUUACCAAUGUUCAAAGCUGAUUUGGCUAGAACUGGAAUACAGUUGUCUACAACAUAUCCCAGAGAAUUUAGAAAAGUCAAAGUGAUGGAUAACAGAAAAGAGCCUCCAUUUUUCAAUGAAGAUAAUGUAGGACCAUUUUACUACAAACUUCCUUUCUAUGAUACCAUGGAGCUCUUCAUUGAAACAUUGACUGGAACAUGCUUUGAACUGAGAGUUUCACCAUUUGAAGCUGUUAUUUCUGUGAAAGCAAAAAUUCAAAGAUUAGAAGGUAUUCCCAUCUGUCAGCAGCAUUUAAUUUGGAAUAACAUGGAACUUGAAGAUGAUUAUUGCUUGAAUGAUUACAACAUUUCAGAAGGUUGUACCUUGAAGUUGGUAUUGGCUAUGCGUGGUGGACCUAUAAAUACUAGAAGAGUUCCAAUGGAAGACCCACUUAGGGAGAUGGCUGAAUACAUGGAUUCCAGUCGAGAUGAGGUCUGGGAGAAGACCUCCUGCAACAAACAAGUUACGUUUUUGGUAUACCGAGAAGGAGAUCAAUUGAAUUUCUUUCGUGUAAUAGAUAGGGGAGAUGGCACAUUAACACCAUUAUCUGAAUCUUUAAGUGGUGGCUCUGUGUAUAAUUUGUAUACUGAUGAGGAUGAAGAAAUUGAGCCUUCUCCUUCUGGGCAUCAGAUAAUUGAAAAUUCAAUAACUAUGAAUAAGAUGAAGCUGCUGAAGGCUAAGAUGGAGAACAUGAAUCUCAGUAAAAAGCCUAAGAAAUCUGUCAAGGUAAAACCUCGUCCACCAAUAACUUCUCGACCUUCUAGUAGUUCCACGUCAGCUGCUCGCCACAGAUUGUUAAGGGUCCUCCCUCACAUUGGGCAGUCUUGUUUACCUUCUGGAAAUACACAUCUACCUGAAACAUCUAGGAAUACAGUUUCAAGUUUGGUAACCCUUCCCGCUGCUGAUAGACCUGUAUCAUCUAUUACUAGUGAUUUUCUUAAGGAAGAUAAUUGGGAGAGUAACACACAGUCUCACUCCAAUAGUAGCAUCAAACUGCCACCCCAGUUACCCCAUAUGGAGUUUGAAAAUGACAAAAAGCUUGCUGAGUCUAUUCUCCACUUUGGAUCAUCCCUGCCUAGGCAGAUAAAACACUUUCCAGGAAAUUUGUCAUCUAAUACUGAGAAUGAGGCAGUUUUAUUUCCAUCUUCAGAUGAAUGUAUAGCUCAAGACUCACUUUUACCGGAAGUGGGAUCAUUUACUUCAUUUACAGAAGAAAUAAAAAAUGAACAGAUCAGUGACUUAGAAGGUACACAGAAGGUAAAACCAGAGUUCUUACUCAAUAAUGGUGAUAAAGGGUUGAAAACUACGGAGCAACAACUUAAACAUGUUGCAAGAGUGCUGAGUGGUGAAUCAGUAGAGACUACAGUUCUUAACCACCGUGAAUUAAGUCCUCACAAAAAUAGACUCUUGUCACCGCUUCGCUGUUCUGCAUCAAUUCAUAAUUCUCUGGUAAAAUCACAGCGGCAGCCUAAAUGUUUUGAGUCUGGGAACAUCCAAUCUUCUGCUUCACAAAAUGUGCUUCGUUCAUUGGACAUUAGAAAUGUAACUGAUUCUUCUCUCUAUAGGACUACUCGCUUUAGAGCUGUUAAAGUUGACUCACCUGGAAAAAGAUCUGAUAUUAUUUCUAAAGUUGAGGCUCGGGAUAUCACAGAGAUGGUUAACAAAGCUUCCAAAGAACCUGUUGGUUGUGUAAAUAAUAUAGGUUUUCUCGCUUCGCUGGCCCGGAGUGCAAGCAGAGACAGUUUACAGAGCUCACGUGGUGCAGGAAGGCUUCGGACCUCUGGAAUUGGGUUGUCCACCAACCUCCCACAUUUUCAGGAAGAAAGUCUUAGAAAGAGUUCCCCCCCAAUAGAAUCUACAGAUUUUUUUUUAUCUGCCCGUGGUAUUGGAAUGAAUGGAAAUAAUGCAGCAACAGGGAAAAGAGUAGGAGAAUGUGCCCAUCAUCUACCACCUGUGAAAGCCCCUAUUCAGGCAAAGAAGAAAACAGCAAAGCAUUGUUUUCUUUGUGGAAAGAAAACUGGACUAGCUACUAGCUACGAAUGCAGAUGUGGAAACAACUUCUGUGCAUCUCAUCGCUAUGCAGAAACUCACGGCUGCACCUAUGAUUACAAGAGUGCAGGGAGGAGAUACUUACAGGAGGCAAAUCCUGUGGUUAACGCACCCAAACUUCCGAAAAUCUAACUCUUGCUCUACAUCUAACUGUUCUGCCUGAGGAACUAUCUUACAAAAACAGAGAAAUAUUUAGAUCGCAUUAUUUUUGUUCGACUCCUAAAGAGUUCCAAAUAACAAAAGCAUCGUGUUGUAAAAAUGAAAAUGUUACUGUACUUGACAUCUUUAUUAUUUGGUGAAUCAGACGAUUUAAAAGUGGUUUAAAAAUCUUUAUAACGAUUUAGCUUUGUUAUUGCAUGUCUAAUGUUAAGUAUUUUAUACUUAAGUGCCUUCAGAAGAUGCACUUUAAUAAGUUAACAAUAACUGUGUAGCUAGUUCCACAUUUUUAAGAAAUGAGUCGUCAUAUAAUGCCUCUACUCAAACCCACUUUUUUGUUCAUGUGGGUGGGCUGGGUGGAGAUUUUUUCCCCAUAUUUGAAAGGUUAUUGAGUUUACUACCAAGUUCCUUUUUAUCUCAAGCUACUUUUUAUAAAAAAGAACAUUUGGUUCUUCAGUGUAGUUUGAACACAAAUAUUUUUUGAUAUUCAUAUUUGCAUUGAGCUAUGUGUCCAUUCUAUAAAACAUCAUGUUAAUUAUAGUCUAUAUUACUUAAAUACUACUUUUUGAAUGGUAGUUAUAAAAUAGAUGUCCCACUUGUUGCCAUUUCAUACAGAAUCCAACUUUGCACUUUUUGAAAAAUGGCUACAUUUAAAACAACCUCACAGCUUGGUUUAUUUUAUUUAUAUGUAGAGUGCUAUAACCAGGAGAUAUUAUAAUAAAUUCAGUU